ACUUAAAACAGGGGUAGAACCAAAUUUAUGUACUUGGAGAGAACACUUUCCCUGAUCAGGACCAUUGCAUACUCUUAGCACUAGUUAGUUAUUAAAGAAUCAAACUAAUAAAUGGUGAUUUUCCUGUUAAUUUGCCUGAUGAUUUCUUGUACUGCAGAUGGCAAACCUGCAGCGUCAGCUGGAGGCAGCAAAGGACAAUAACAGUAAGGUGAUAAUGAUGCUGGAGCACGUGUUAGCUUCUCAUAGCAAGAUGCAGACAGUUCUGGAUGCAGUACAAACAGAGUUGGGACACAAGGACACUGAAAUCAGCAACUGCAGAAAAGACAGAAGCCAGAGUCAGCGGAAAAUACGGAUGUUAGAAACAGAAUUGGUACAUCACAAAGCCAAACUAGUUGCCAUGGAAAGGCAGCACGGCAGCCAGUUGGAACCACUUUCUAAGGCACUAGAAGUUGCUAGAAUGGACAAAAAGACACUUGCUCUUCGUUUGGAGGAAGUCCAGCAGGCCAAUAAUGUCCUGCAGAGCAAACUGAUCCACACUCAGUAUGACCUGAAAAGUAAAGGAGCUGAGCAUCAACAGCUGGUGGCCUGCAGCAUUGAGUGUACGCUGAGCCAGCAGUAUGAUAGUCUCACACAGAGCUACAGAAAGAUUUUGAAGAAGCAGUUCCAUGCUGAACAAGAGGUUUCUAGGAAGGCUGCCCAUCAAGAGUCUACUGAGGAGAUUGAAACUGAACUGAGAGAAAUAGAAGCAAUAAAGGAGGAAUAUCAGAAGAAGAAUUAUGAACAGUCACAGCACAUCUAACAACUUGUGUCAGAGUUGAAGAGUCUGCGUAGUGAGAUGCAAAUAUUGUUGGAAAAACAACGUAAAGUGCAAGUGCAGAACAGGCAGCUGGAGACCCAGCUAGAAGCGGAGAGAAGGCGAGUGCAUCAGUUGGAAAACGAGCAUCAGAAAAAAACAACCCAACAUCUGAAGAAAUGUAAAGAGGAAAUAGAAAAACUGAAACAAGCCAGUAUGGUGUCAGAACAGGCGAGACUAGUUAGCAUUAGAAUUAUAAUUCACUGGAAGUAA